GCUGUUGUGGUUCAGUUUUCUGCCGUAUUUUUCACGCUCGUGUCGCCGGUGUGCAGUGAAAGGUGCUGCUGGCCAUAGGUGGUGCUGAGAUGCUGCUGGACGUGACUUCCUGCGGAUCUGCGCGCUGGAAGAGGCGGAGGUGAGACGCUGCUGCCGCCGCUGCCCCGCUGCCCGCGGCGCACUCGGUCCCCCGCUCUGCUCCGAGGAGAAGCAGCCAACGGAUUAUCCUGCUCGGCGGCGUUAGCUCGCCGGCUAACGGUAAAGUCAGCAACCGAGGAGCGCCAUGAAAAGCCGCCGGAGACGGUGAAACUUCGGCUUCGGGAGCCCUGCGAACUUCAACCAAAGCCGGGAUUUAAAGCGCAACUUCCGAAGACUUGACUGGCGAGGGACCGAAAAAUGAAGAAACAGUUCAAUCGGAUGAAGCAGCUCGCCAAUCAAACAGUUGGCAGAGCGGAGAAAACAGAAGUCCUCAGCGAUGACCUCCUCCAGAUCGAGCGGCGCAUGGAGCUGGUGCGCGUGGUGUCCCACAACACACACAAAAAGAUGGCUUCCUGUCUGCAGGGACACAUCGGUGCAGAUGCAGAAAAGAGACAUAAGAAACUUCCCCUCACCGCUCUUUCCCAGGCGAUGAUGGAAGGCGGAAACCAGUUGGGAGAAGACUCCUUGAUAGGGAAGAUGAUGGAAGUGUGUGGAGAUGCAGAGAACCGUCUGGCCUCAGAGCUGAUGCAGCACGAGCUGCAGAUAGAGAAGGACGUUCUGGAUCCGCUCAGUCAGCUCGCAGAGGUUGAAAUCCCAAACAUCUUGAAGCAAAGGAAGCAGUUAGCCAAGUUGGUGCUGGACUACGACUCUGCCAAAGCGAGGUGGUUGCAGGCAACCAAGUCGAUAAUCUCAGGUACAAACACUCAAGCACUGACGGCCAAGGCGGACCUUUUGAAAGAGGAGGUGGACGAGGCCAUGAACAAAGUGGAGCUCUGCAAGGAUCAGCUGGCUGCAGACAUGUACAGUUUCUUCUCCAAAGAAGGCGACUACGCUCGAUACUUUAUCACGCUCUUAGAGGCUCAGGCUGAUUACCACAGGAAGUCCCUCACCGUUCUGGAGAGCGUCCUGCCAACCAUCCAGGCUCAGCAAGACUCCUGGGUAGAGAAACCGGCGUUCGGCACCGCGCUGGAGGAUCACCUGAAGCGCAGCGGGAGGGAGAUCGCUCUGCCCAUCGAGGCCUGCGUCAUGAUGCUCCUGGAGACGGGCAUGAAGGAGGAGGGACUGUUCAGGAUCGCCGCCGGAGCGUCCAAGCUGAAGAAGCUGAAGGCGGCGCUGGACUGCUCCACCUCCCAGCUGGAGGAGUUCUACUCCGACCCGCACGCUGUGGCUGGUGCUCUGAAGUCCUACCUGAGAGAGCUCCCAGAACCUUUGAUGACCCACCAGCUCUACGAUGAGUGGAUCCAGGCGUCCAGUGUGGCAGACCCGGACAAACGGCUGCAGGCCCUCUGGGUUGUUUGUGAUCAGCUACCAAAGAACAACCGGAACAAUUUGAGAUAUCUGGUGAAGUUUUUAGCCAAACUGGCUCAAGACAGCGAGGUGAACAAAAUGACUCCUAGCAACAUCGCCAUCGUCCUGGGCCCCAACCUGCUGUGGGCCAAGACUGAGGGGAGUCUGGCAGAGAUGGCAGCUGCUACUUCAGUGCACGUGGUGGCCAUCGUAGAGCCCAUCAUCCAGCACGCAGACUGGUUCUUUCCUGAGGACGUGGAGUUUAACGUCUCUGGCAUGUUUGUGAUGCCCACGCCGGCCUCCAACCACAGCAAUCCCUCAGAUUAUGACUGUAGCACUAUUGAGAGGAAGAGGCCCAACAGUAUGGUUGGACCAGAGACUGACGCGGCACGCAAAGACAACACUGCUAACAAGCACUCGGACCACACCCUUCGUAGAGGCAGUAACACCUUAGGUAGAAAGCCGCACACCUCACCUGCCUUCCAGCCUCCUUUACCCCCUGUGGAGGCUCAGGGGCCGGGGCAGCCCGGCGCCGAGCCCCCGCCACAAGCUCCAGCAGGGGGUUCAGGGCCUGACACUUCCCAGCAUAGCUUGACUCAGAGUCAGCCGCUACUACCUCAGCACUCGGAGGAGCUCAGGGCCAGGACGUCGUAGCCCCUCCCUCCCAGUCCCCGUACCAGUCGGGCUCGCUUCCCCGACCGCGGCCCGUCCCCAAACCUCGGAACAGACCCAGCAUCCCUCCACCCCCCCAACCCACCACAGCCGGCAGCGAGACCAACGGGGUCUGUGGCUCCGCCUACAAGAUGAUGGAUCAAACUUUCAGGGGGCGGAGUCGAGCGUCGGUCCCUGAGCUCGCUGUGGACCAGCAGCCGCUGAUGACCUCCUCCUCCUCCUCCUCUUCCUCCUUCCUGCCUCAUCCCAGAGACUGUGACCUGGACACGGAGAGCACCGUCCUAUAAGAUGAGUCCUAACGUUUCACCUCUGACCUCCUCGUGGACGUCCCGCCGCUCUUUCUGCCGCCGCCGCAAACACUAAAGGAGCCGUGGGAGCGGACGGUUUCCGGUCUUGAACUGUAUGACGGUUGGAGCAGACCGAUUACUCUGAAUGUUGACCUCCUUUUAAACGGCCUUAGAAUCAAAGCGUGUCUUUCGGUGGUGGAACGGUGACGAUGACUGCAGGUUUCCAGUCGUCUCGGACACUCUUUUGUUUUUCUAUCACCUUAUAUUUAUUUAGCGCUCAUAAUCGAUGCAGUCUCUGGAUGCCUUACCGGUUCCUCCCAGAACCGCCAGAUAAUCCUCCAUUCCUGGACGGGCGUUCGCAGGAACGUAUUGAAGCGUCAGUAUUUUGGCCCUCCUGCCGCAGCGCAGGCGGGCAGAACCGGGCCCGGGUUGCACAGGUUUCUAAUGAGUUUGGGUCUCUCCCACUGAGCCGAGAGCCGCCCCGACCUCUCGGCAGUGACGUGGAGUCGUGGGGUUUCUAUGCGAGCCUUCGAUUUUUUUGUUUGUUUUUGUCCUCGGUUCGGUUCAGAUCGGACCGAGCCGGCGUAUGGUACCAGCGGAGAACGUCUCAGUCGCUCUGAAGAUGUUUCAGAGUUCCUUCUCUUCUGUGUUUAACUGCCUUACUGAUGUGCGUCUCUGAAGAACGCCGUCGAGCUCGAGAUGAUGAUGCUGCGUUUCCAGGCUCCUCUAGUUUCCUGUCUGUACGUGAGCUUCAGUGGUGUGAUAUCAAAUAUACUCUCUCCAAAGAAAAUAAAGCAUAAGAACAAAGA